UCCAAGUUGGGCUUGGGUUGUUGGAGCAUUCGUAAGGAACUAGCGUUGGCCGUCACGUAGCGUGUCCAUCAGUUAGCCAAUGUUGUUCUUGCGGUGGUGCUAGUUCCUCUGCUUGCAAGCUCAUUUGCUGCAGGUUUUUUGAGCCAGAGUCGCCAUAGCUGAUUGUAUCUGUGAGUGGGUACUUCUAUCUGGAUCUAUUCGGUAGUGAUUAUUAAGAUGCAGAUAUCUUUUGGUGAAUGAGAAGAGCUUCUUGAUCGGCAAACAGAGGUUUGAUAGCUCCCCAGAUGGGUAAAAUUAGUUGCACGAAAUUUCAUGUCCUCGUCGCAGUUAUUUUGGCAGCUAUAAGUGUCUGCAGCGCAGACACUUGCUCGUCAAGCACGGUGGAAGCCUUGUUAGCAUUCCGAAGCGCAUUCAACGACCCUAGUGGCACGGUCUUUACCAACUGGGGGAAUGGCGGCGAUUGCUGCACUUGGAAGGGCAUCACAUGCCAAGACGGGAAUUUGGUAACGCUUGACGUGGAGGGUCCUUCGUCAAACCAGUUGACGAAAAACGAGAGCUACUCAGGCAAGCCAGGCAACACUCUGUCGAAGCUUAAAGUCUUGCAGACGCUGACAUUGAAGAAUCUCCAGUUUAGCUCCAAAAUCCCAUCGCAAUGGAGUUCUCUUUCGGACGACUUGACGAUUCUUACAGUCAACAACUGUGACCUCCAAGACGACUUGCCUAACGGCAUAGCCAGCAACAGCAAUUUGCAAACGCUAGAUCUCAAGGACAACAGCCUCACAGGUGACAUACCCGACAAACUAUGUAAUCUCAAGGAUCUGAAGUACUUAGACCUUUCCUACAACCAUCUUGACACUGGCAACAUUCCUGAUUGCAUCGCGAACGGUGGCUCCGUUACAAACGUGAAUUAUGGACAUCAGAGCAACGACAGCGGAGAUAGUAGUGGCGGUAGUGGCGGUAAUGGUAGUAGCAGCAGUGGCAAUGGUGGCAAUGGUGGAAAUGGUGGCAGUGCAGGCGAAGGAUCUAAUGAGGCGGGGCUGUUGGUCCAGUCCAAGGUCGUUACGCUUUUUCUAUCUAUUCUCUGUGUUGCGGUGUUUUGAUGCUGAACUUGAGCAGCAACAAUAACACUUCAUUAGUAGUGUUAGAAACCCAGCUUUCACGCACUGCAUGCAUUCUAUCCAAUGUGAUAUUAUGAAGCUCAAUUGGGGUUAAGAUGUUCCCUUUUGAAGUCGAGUCAGACUACCGCGCUCAUGGCAGUCGAGGUGGAAUCCAGCUCUACAUUUGUUUUCUGUUGGAAGAAAGGAUCAGGAUUUUCCUGCAA